CUGCGAAUGAAAUCAGCUUUAUCAGAGAUACCGUCCUGGAAGAUUAUUUGGCUAUUUCCAACGAAGCUGACUGCUCAUGCUCUGAGGAGCUUUGAGGCUGCUCUGAACUUGGAGUGAACAGAGGUGCAGAAAACCUUGUCAGGUCCCCGGAGAGCUUCCACCCUGCUGUUACCACAGGCAGCUUUGUAUGUUCUUACCCAUACAGCUGGUGUUUGUAAAAGGAGCAGCGCUACAGCCAGAGUUCCCAUGAAUGAGACUCUACUCCUUACUUUUUGAGAGCCAAGAGGAGUUCCUUAACAUGAAUGUUUAUCCUAUAUGUCAUAGCAUCUGUUUCAGGAGUAGCUGCAAACCAUGUGCCAACACCGGUGCAAUAGAAUGCUGGACCGGCAGUUCCUCUGCAGGGGGUAGGCCUUCUGCAGGUAGAGCUGUCCUUGCGUGUGUUUAUUCACACACAGAUGUCUAAAGAAGAUUAGUCCCUUCAUGCUUCUGAGCAGAAACACUUCUCCUUGGUGAGGAAAGGCCAGCAUUCUGCUCUGCAGUCACUGAAGGAGAUAAACUGCUCUCUUCAGAGGAGAGCUAGUGAUGGCAGUGGUACAAGCCCACCUAGGAAAAGUAUUACUUCUUUCCAUCUUGCCCUGUUUGAGGAUAGAGAUGUUCAGACCAAGCAGUAGUAGAUGAACAGUUUGUGUAGGAAAGAACAAUGCAUCUUUGAGACAAUUAUUUUUGAGAAGACAACAUCUUUAUCUUUGAAUCCUGGGCCUGGGUUUUCCCUUGCCCUCAGAAGAAAACUUCUUUCCCUAGUUUUCACCCUUGGCCUGAGGAAGUGCUGCAACCCCAAUGGUGCCUCAGGCCUGGGAAGGAGGAUUCUACUUUCUCUGUUCCCAUACAUCUCCUCUAAGCUGCAAUGGCUCAUCCAUUUUGCUGAUCACUUUUUUCUCCCAUGUUCUGCGUCAGUCCUGUUUGCCCCCUGAGACACACUUGCGUUGUUCAGGGCCUCCAGCAGCUUCAGGGCAGCAGCCUGCAGCUCUUCCUCCAUCACUGCCUUUCCCAUGCUCAGCAGCUGCUGCAUUGUAUGCAGCAAGCUCUGUACGUGCCUGUCCUGCAGCCUCAGGAAGAGAUCCUCAAUGUCAGUGGCAGGCAGCUGUGCCUGCUGCUGGCCGCUGACUGUCACCUCUGUGGGGUGUGAGGUGGAAGGCUGCAUUUUCCCCAGCAGUGGCAAGCCAUCAGGUGAGAAACUGGAGACAUCAGCUCCUUCCAUGUUAGGGCUGGAGCUGGAUGGCUGGGUGGUUGCAGGAGAGGUGGGAAAAAUAGGCUGGGGACUGAAGAUAGCAGACAAUGCUGCAUCGCUGCUCAGGGCCACGUUGUCAAAAGUUUGUGUGCUGCCCAGGUUGGGCUUGUGCUCUCCUGGGCAUGCAGUCCGCUGUGGAGGAGAAAAACAUUUCUCUAGAGGUGGUGGGCCUGAGGAGCAGGUGCCUGGCCCCUGCCCUGUACUGUGACAUUGGUACUCAUAGCACUGUCCCAUUCUUCCCAUUCCCUGCCAAGAUGAGCUCCCUUAAGCCCAAGGAGGGAAAGAAUCCUUCUGCUGUCCUGAUCAUACCUCUCCAUAAGUCUCCUUUUGUCCCUAGUUAUCUUCCCAUGAAGCCUGCACAACUCACUAUUUCUCCUGCAGUAGCUUUGUUAUUUCACCUUGCUUGGGAAUGAGAGCUGGUCAUAAGGACAGAGGUGGCUGUCAGAGGUUCAUUUUUUUCAAGAAUACCUUCCCCAAUGUCUCAUUUUUGGCAGGUGGUUGCAGGUGCCACCUGUGUAGACUGGUCAGCUUGGUGUGGAUGCCCCUGACAAGUGGGCUGCCCACAGCUCUCCUUUACCUUCCCUGACUAUAGCCUCUUUUUCGCACUUCCUCAUUUCACAUUCAUUGCAUCGGUGCCCAGAGCACAAUGCACCAGGUCAUCAGGAAAUAGUGAAAUAGCUCACCUUAAUGAAAUACCUUUUUGUAGUGCAGCGAUAAAAAGCAAAUGCACAGAAGUUGGGGAAGAAGGAAGUUUCUGGCAGUUCCGAGCAUAUGGGUCCUAGAAAAAAGCAAAUAAAGCAUGGACUUGGUGGUAAACUCCAGUGCUGAGGUCCCACCAACGUUCAGCAAUAAUCUGUCAAAAGACAUCUCUCCAUUAGAAAACCUCAUGUGCUUGGGAGAAACUCCACUGCUUCCUGGUCAUCUCAGCCACUGAAGCCCUGAGAAGAGGCUGGUGCUAAGUACAUGUGGCUGCCGUCAGGUGUAAGACAGGAUGUUCAGAAAUAGAUGCCUUCUUCUCACCUGGGACUACUGCCCAUCCUCUCUCUUACCAGUUCCCAAGUGUCAGUCCCCUCCCAGCACAGAGUUUGCAGUGCUGGCACUGCAGGGCCCCUAUCCAUCUGCCUUCCCAUGGCAGUUGUGGUUGCCUUUACCUUCUGGGAUGACUCCAUGGUUUUCAUACUCAUCCAGUCUCCGGACUGUGGGGUUCUGGCAGCCGUACAGCGCGCGAAGGUGGCAGGCGGUGCUGGCGCGUUGGGAGGUCUGAAGGGACCUGAAGAACUGGUGGUACUCAUCAUUGGAGAGUGGUGUGCCCAGUUGCUGUGCCUUUCCAACCCAAGGGCCAGCAGCGCAGCCCCAACCUGACAGCACUGGUGAGAAAUGAAAUGCAGGGGGGUAGGAGGAGGAAAUGCUAACCAUGGCACGCUCAGAAGAGCUGUCAAGGUGAGCCCAGACCUCUGUUGCCUUGUCUGGAUGCGAGGUCCAGAACAGUGCUGUGAGAGGGUAAAAAUUGAGGUUGAGGCAUGGAGUGGACCAGCUCUGCCCAUACUAACACAGGUGUAGUAUUCUGGUGACAGUAUGUGGCUGAGGGGCCUUCACCAAAAUCUCUAGAGAUUGAAAUCCUGAGCUGGGAGGAAGGUCUGGGAAGUCCUGGCUGGUACUGAGGAUGCAACUUUGCUAUCAGACUUGGAGCAGGGAGGUGGAUUCCUUUCAAGACUUUAAUGUCUGCAAAUUCUCUUUGUCUUUUAAGUGUGUGACCUCUUGAGUUAAUGUAGUAUGCCCCAACAGGUAUGGAUAUGCCCUUAAAAUGGUCCAAGAAUUCACUGAACCCAUGAGCAAAACUUAAAGCCAAUUCUUCCCUGCAAAGAACAUUAUGAAAGCUGGCGAUAUCAGACAUUUGGAGGCUAGAUGAGCCCAAAUAAAAGUGCCAUGUGCAAUCUUAGUUUCAUCUCCUUAUGCAUAUGCUUUGUAUCCAUUAUUUAAGUCCACAGCAAGCUACUCUUCUUUCCUUAGGACUUCAGUGUCCCUUCAUUGUGGAGACUUGACCUGUCCCACAUGGGGAAGUAAAAUUGUAAGAUAGACUUGUGCUGCAUUCAGGAUAUCUGCCUCAUUUCCCACAGGGGUACGGAAGAAGGAAGCAGGAAGAAGCUGGAAGAGGAAGGGUAGUUUUGUGGGUGUUGUGCUAAGAAGUAGGUUUUAUACCUGGCUACACCACAGAGGCUUCUGUGUGAUGCUGGGCUAGUGCCAGGUUUCUCAGUGUGGUGUUGAUGGAAUUUUGCUUACCUUGUGUGUUGCCAUUUAUAUGAAGGCUGAGGUCUCCUAGAGCUUUGGAGUCUGCAUGUGCUGUAUUUUGCAUGCAAGUGCUACAUAGCAUCUACUCUGAGAAGACAGGGCUGAAGCAUCUCAAACUGAGAUUCUGAAAGUAGUGGGUAUGUUUAACUUUAAUCCUUCUCUGCCCUCAUUUUGCUAUUUGCAAAAUCACUACAAAUGAGUUAACAGCUGUGAAGCACUAGAAUGUAGAGUGUAUAGAAAGUUCACAAGGAAGAGAGUCAUUUGAAUGGGAUCUGCACGUAAAUCAAGCACAGAACAAUAAGAAUGACUGCUUACUGAACAGCUGCUCAUUGCAAAGGCAUUGUCCAUCCCAGGACUAAAACAGCCAAAAUCCAUGUGAAAAGAAGAUAAGCAAGAGCUGUGUUGCUGUGUGCACAGAGGGAACAAAUCAAGAGUUGCAAAAUGAAUGCAAUUUAGGGAUGAGGUAAGCGUUCUUUUUGACUUUGCAACCUCUGGAGUAGUCUGUUAAUCUUUGUCUUCUUUUUUCUUGUAAAGGCAAACUUAAACAUUUCUACAUGGCUUCUAUCUUGUUAGGAUCUCUGCCUUCUUAUUAACAUCUGUGUGCCUGUAGAUGCAGCGUGAUCAAAUAAAAGCAUGUAACUUCCCCCUUGAAUUGACCAUAGAGGUUAUUGAGCCUUCUGUGAAACAGUAUUAGAUGAGAAUGAGACACAGCAAAGUGACUGUAGAAAUCUACAGAAAGUGGGGGAAUGAGGAAACCAGGAAAUACGGGACUCCCCCACAGCCUCUCACUAGGAUGUAGGCUGAUAGGCCAUGUCUUUCUGUCCAUUUCUUCCAACUCUAAAACCUUCUGUUUGCCUUUAACCAAGGUCGUCUCUCACAUCUCCCUCUGCCUCCCCUACCUCCUCAUCUGGCCGUUUCUUCCCUUCUUGGCUGGUUGUUUGAGCCCAAGUCUCUGCUCUCAUUUCUGAUCUGUGUGCCAAGCUGUGUCACAUCUCCAGACUCCACCCCUGCUCCAGCCUCUGCUCAGCUGUGUCCAGCUCCAAGUCCUUCCUCCCUCAGGCCAGUCCCUCCCUGUCUCUCCUUGAUGAAUAACAUACCAGCUCCAGUGUAUAAAGACUGGUGAAACUGUAAGCAUCUGAGAUCUGUGUAUUGAUGUUUUUUGGGGGUGCCCUUUUCUCUUCAUCUCGCCUCCAGUGUGCCCACACUGGAGUACACCAGGGGUGAGGAGGCAGAGAGCAGCCAGGUGAGCCAUCCUUCCUCACACCCUGACUGGAAGGAGAGACAUUUUCUACUCACUGAUCAGAACCAGGAGAGCCUGCAUGACUGACAUGGCACUGUCCUGCCUGAGCCGGGCUAUCAUCUGCCCGUGUCCUCCCUCCUGUACCAGGGGUGCUGGGACAGGCAGUGGGGAGCACAGCACGCUUCCCUUGUUUCUGGUGGUGAUGUGUGGUGUCACAGACGCCUUCAUUCUUUGCUCUGUUGUCCCUUGCUUCCGUGGUUCCCCACUUCCGUGCACCCAACAGCAGCUGUUUGUUGGGUUUGUGGCAGAUAUAUGUCCUCCCUAUUACUGCUUAACCGAAGGUUGGCACAGUGGCUCCCUGUGCCAGCUGUGUCAUGGGGCUGUCCCUCUGGGCCUCUGCCCAUCAUGUCAGGAGCUCAGUGCAGCUCAUCUCCUUCCUCCUUUGUCUCACUGAUGUCUCAUCAGCCACGAUGUUGCCUAAGGACAUGGCACUGUCCAGGCAUGGCUGACCAGCACCUUGUCCCCACCUGGGUACUUGAUAGUGUUUCAGGCUUCCCACCUUUUUUAUGGCAGUCAUCAAGCAGUAAUGCUUUUCUGCCACAUUCCCAGCUCUGCACAAAAUAAGCUCUCUUCUGUAUCUGCUUUUUUCUUCUGCAGGUGCUCACCAUCUUGGGAUGCAUAUCGACCGUCUGUUUGGAGCUACUCUUGAAUGAUAACAGAAAGGGACUGAAGCAGAAAGGUGGCUUUCCUCUCCUAAAACCAUCAGGAUGUCUCAGCAGGGUCAGGCCUACCUGCUGCCUUGUAUGUUGAACGGGGACACGUGGGGAGGGAGGGCUCAGCUUCCCUGCCGUGUUCCAGUGGCACGAUGCGAAGCCAUGUAACUGAAAUGAUGCAAUGCCAUUGCAGAGUUAGUAUUCACAUGCACAGUUUUUAAGCAUCUUCUUUCUCUAACCUGUACCUUUCUGGCUGUUCAGAAUUCAGCAUCUUAAAAUGCCCCAGUGUGCUGCACAAAUGCAGCCCAGAGCUAAAUAGGUGACCUAAUUUUCCAUCCUACAAAACCCACUCGUACGCUGUACUUCUGCUCUGAAGAAGAAGUCCUUGUAUGUUGGCACUCAAAACUGCCCAAUCCAAAUGAUGUCAGUGCUCACACACACACGUGUGUAGCUGCAUUUUUCAGCUCAUCUCCAGCCCUGGGCUCUGUCAGGAAUGAGGCAGCCACAGUGUCAUUAUGCUGAACAGGAUGGGAAAUUCUGCCUUUGGUCUGCUAUUGCUGCUGCUGAUGUGUGAACAGAUCAAAAUCCCUCUCUCAGCCCUCCCUCAGCCUGGCUGAGUCACCGAGCAAAUGCUCCUCCAUGGAAGCAAUGGAGAAGACUCUAGGCAGAUGCAGAAAGCAACGCAUGCAUGCGGGCAGCAUUUUCCUCUGCUUCAGCAGGGCUGUACUGUGUUCAUAUUUAACACACCGGGAGGAAAGUUGACAGGGAGAAAAUGGCUUCAGGCUUCUCUGUUUUCUGUACAGAACUCAGCAAGCUGACAGGCAGCUCUCAGUAGUAUGUGCAGCCAACCCUGUCUUUGCUGUGUGAGCGGCCCUGGCUAGCAGACCCCACCAGCAGUGUCACAGUGUCACAGUGGCAGAACAUCAGUGACUCUGACUUGUGCUUCUGAGCAUUAUUUUAUAUCUGGCCUAGGAUGCUUUCAUUUCCUAAAUCUCAUUCUCAACACUGCUACUAGAACUGAUGGUAUUUGUUACAUCUGUUUCCCCUCUCUGAUCAGGAGCUGCUGUCCCUGACUUUUCUUUAACCUCAUGGACAGAGUGAAGAAAAACAGCACUGUGUCCAGGAGGAACUGAACUCUGAAACAGUGGAGGUACUGCUCAAAAGCAGGUGGCCAGACCAUGGGUGACGUACAGAAGGCUCAACCUCAUCAGAAAAAGCCUGCGAGAGCUGACUUGCACCCGUUCAUCUCCAGAAGGCCCACUACAGGUACUCUGCAGGACUCUGACAAAAGACCAGACUGCAAGCAGGAGCUGGAGAUGGAAAAUGAGGUGAAGCUGUCUUUUGUAAAGAGGCAGGGAAAGGGAGCUGUCAUGUCACUGUGGGAUUGCGAGGGUGAUGGCACUCCCAUUGGCAAGGUGGUCCUUGCUGGGGACAGGCCAGACCCUCCAGUGUGUGGGAACGGCACCAUUUGGAUUCAGCAGGUGGGAGAGAAAACCUACGAGUGUCCCGAAUGUGGGAAGAACUUCAGCCGGAGCUCGUAUCUCAGCCAGCACCAGAGGAUCCACCUGGCAGAGAAACCCUUCAGCUGCUCUGAAUGUGGGAAGAGUUUCACCCGCAACUCGGACCUGAUCAAACACCAGCGGAUCCAUACAGGAGAGAAGCCCUACCAGUGCAACGAGUGUGAGAAGACCUUCAGCCAGAGGUCCAACGUGAUCAGGCACCAGCGGACCCACACGGGAGAGAGACACUACCAGUGCAAUGAGUGCGGGAAGAGCUUCAGCCAGAACUCGCAUCUCAUCGUCCAUCAGAGAAGCCACAAAGGAGAGAAACCAUUUCAUUGCCCCCGGUGUGAGAAAAGCUUCAGCGACCGCUCCUCCCUUAUCAUACACCGGAGGGUCCACACUGGAGAGAAGCCCCACAAGUGCCAGGUAUGCGGGAAACAUUUUCGAGACAGUUCAGCCAUCAUUCGGCAUCACAGGAUCCACACAGGAGAGAAACCCUACAAGUGCACCGAAUGUGGGAAAACCUUCCGCCAGAGCUCCUCGCUGGUGACCCACAUGCGGACGCAUACAGGCGAGAAACCCUACAAAUGCCCUGUGUGUGGGAAGAGCUUUAGCCAGAGCUCAGCACUCACCACGCAUCGCCGCAUCCACGGGGGAGAGGUGUUGCCCCUGUACCGUGGCAGCCUCUUGGCCAGCCCCUACCAGUGUGCUGAGUGCGGCAGGCGGUGCAGCGACCAACCCACUCUCAUCAAGCACCAGACCACGCAUGUGGAGGAGCGGCCCUACAUCUGCGUGGAGUGUGGGGACAGCUUCCGUCGGAGCUCAGCACUCAAUGUCCACUUGAGGAUCCACCGUGGGGAGAGACCCUACAAGUGUGAGGAAUGUGGGAAAACCUUCCGGCAUAGCUCAGCUUUGGGUGCACACUUGAGGAUUCAUGCGGGAUCCAAGCCCUACGAGUGCGCUGAGUGUGGGAAAAGCUUCCGGAAAAGCUCGACACUUAAAGUGCAUUUGAAAAUCCAUGUGGUCAAGAAGCCUUAUAAAUGUACUGUGGGUAGGAGGACUCUCUCUUCCUGUUCUCUUCUCCCAUAGGGUUGGUUGGAGCUGAAAAUGAGCAGAAUUUGCUUGUGUCUGAGGGCACAUGAAAAACAUAGGUACUGAGAAUUACAGUGGCAAAAGGCUAAGGAGACACCGUAGCAGCUCUAGUGUCAGGGCUGGGUGCUUAACCCCAGUGGUAUGUUAAAUUAUGAGGUCAGGGAGCUCAUCCUAGGAACUGCGUACUGACAGUUAAAAAGAGUACUGAGAGCUGAGGGGAGACCAGGUUCUGUGUAAUUUGGGGACUGUGAGUAUGUGGUAGAAUACAAGCAGAAGAAUUGGGCUUUUAAAAUAACUUUUCAACAAAGCAAAAGAUCAAAUUUAAAAGGUCCAAGUUGGCUCUCAUUCAAAACUCCAGCUCAUUAGGCACUGCAGUAGACUUAGAAACUCAUAUUUUCCAUUAAAUAUGGUGAGUUGGCCCCGUAUUUGAGCAGGCACUUCCAAUUCCUUGAGUCCAAAACUGAGGAGGUGAACCUCAACCUGUUUUGUUUUUCAAUCCUCUGUUCCAAAUCCUACAUGGGACGAUGAAUUCCUACCUCCAUACAGAACAUCUGGGUGACAAAAUGGCUGAGUAAAGUGAAACUGACAGAGCUGUUCCCAGAAGACUUGGACAUGCAAGCGUAGCCAGUUGGAACACUGCCCAUCACUGGUGUUGGGCAGCUUUGUCCUCGUUUUUUAACACCUUCCUGUUAGGGACAUCAACAAAACGUGGGCAAAACAGUGGCCUUACAUUGUUUAACCAAAAAAAAAAAAAGGGUUCCCCCUAGAUGUGUGUGUGUUAUACUUAGCACGUAUGAUAGGUUCCUACUGGUAGGCAGGAGACUGUUUGCAAUUUUGCAGUCCUUUAUGUGAGAGAACUCUUCUUCAGCUCCCUGCUGUUUGUGCUUUAGUAACGUGUAAAGCUCGGUGUUAAGUUAGGAAUUCGAGCUUUAGGUUAGGAAUUCCUAUAUUACACGUAGUGCUGUGGCAGUGACUGCGUUACAGAAACCUCCUCUGUAUUGCUGUGUUUUGUUACGAGGGAUGUGUUUCCAUCCUAAAUAAACUUUUUUUUUUCUUUUUU